CUUUUACAACUAACCAGACCCACAAACUGAUUGACGUUUAGAGCGCAGAGUAGCCUUCUAAGUAUGUCUAACAUGAAUGUCCUCCUCCUCGGCGGCCACGGCAAAGUCGCCCUCCACCUGACCCCUCUCCUUCUCGCCCGCUCCUGGAACGUCACCAGCGUCAUCCGCAACCCAGCGCACGAGUCUGAGAUCCUCGCGCUCGCAGAGUCUGAAAAGGUCCGCGGGAAGCUUUCCGUCCUGGUUUCCAGCCUAGACGAUGUGAAAACCUCCGCCGACGCCGCAAAGAUCAUCAGUCAGGUUGAUCCAGAUUAUGUCGUUUGGUCUGCUGGAGCCGGCGGCAAAGGCGGCCCUUCACGUACCAUUGCCGUUGACGAAGUCGCCGCCAAAGCAUUCAUCUCCGCUUCCUAUGCGCACCCGCGCGUCAAGAAAUUCCUCCUCGUCUCGUGGAUCGGGUCGCGACGCACAAAACCUUCCUGGUUCACUGACGCAGAUUGGAGCCACAGCCGUAACGUAUUUGACAAUGUCCUUCCCACCUACGCAAAGGCAAAACUCGAAGCAGACGAGUUCUUGACUGCACAUGCGGCUGUGCGGGACAGACUAUCUGCUGCUGGAAAAGCGAGUAGGCUUGACGCGAUUUGUCUAAGGCCGGGUCUGUUGACCGAUGAGCCGGCGACGGGAAAGGUUACGUUGGGGAAGACGAAGAGCGAGGGGAAGGUCUCAAGGGAGAACGUGGCGAGGGUUGCGGAUGCGUUACUGGCGAAGGAGGGGAGUAAGGGCUGGGUUGAUUUGCUAGAUGGUGAGGAGGAGAUAGGGGACGCGGUUGAGAGGGUUGUGAGAGAAGGGGUUGAUGUUGUCGAGGGGGAGGAUAUCGAUGCUAUGGUUAGGCGGUUUGGGCUGGACGGUUGA